AUGGCAGCGUGGGAGAGCGGGCUUCUUUCGGCGCAGGACCGGGCCCUCGUCUGCCGCCAGCUCGGGGACUACUUCGGCCAGCUGCGCGCCUUCAAGAGCCCGGACGGCCUCAUCUGCUCCUUCGGCGGGCUCCCGGCCGUGGACGCCCGCCGCAUGGCCCGCCGCGAGGGGGGACCCUUCGCCGGCGAGGCGGCCUACAACGAGUUCCUGCUCUCCGGCCUCGUCGGACACCCGGUCGUGCGCGACAUGAUCCGCGCGCAGAUGCGCGCCGACCACCCUACUGAACAACGUCUUACGUUGCCCAUCAACUGGAGAUUGUGA